GCUCCCUCCAGAGAGGGACUCUUCCUCGACCGACUCCAGUCGGGUCUGCAGCAUCAGUCUUUUGGGAGCUCCGUAGAAGCCAGAGACCAUGCUGACGUUUUUGGCGCUGACGUCGGUUGCCCUCCUGGGAAUAGUGCCUGAGCAGUCCCAGGCUAUAGUGAUUUACACUGGCUGGGAGCGGCACGCCUUGGUGGGCUCUGACAUCCGACUCUCCUGUUCUUUCUUCUCCUGGCGCUGGACCUCGGAGGACGUCACCUUCUCCUGGACAUACAGGCCUGAUGGCUCACGGGACGCCAUCUCUAUCUUCCACUACACUGGUGGUGCUGCCUAUGUUGACAACAAGGGUCCCUUUAGAGACAGACUGGAGUUUGUGGGAAACCCAGGUCGCCGUGACGGAUCCAUCCUGCUCAAAAACCUGGAGCUCAGCGACAACGGCACCUUCACCUGUGACGCCAAGAACCCCCCUGACAUAGUGGGCCGGCCUUCCAGUGUCCGACUGCUGGUGUUUGAGAAAGUGCCCAUCCAGGCUGGCGUGAUCACAGGAGCCAUCAUCGGGGUGGUCCUGGGCCUGCUGGUGCUCAUCGUGGUCAUCUACUACCUGAUGAGGUUCCUGGUGGCACGCCGAGUCUUCAGCCUCAGUGUCAGCAAACAUGGCAAGAAAAAGAAAGAGGGUUCACAGCAGAGACAGGGCCCUGUGCCUCCCGCCGACCCCUCCAAGGUGAAGGCGGCCACCUCGGAAAAGAAGAAGCAGGAGUCACGCAAGGAUAAGAAAUAGGAUACGGGGAGGGGCUGGGGCGGGUUCGCUGACCGGCUGCUCCAGCCCGUACGCCAGGCGGUGGGGAAGGCCCAGCCCAAGCAGCAGCAGCAGCAGCGAACCAUAGUCAGAAAAACAGAGAGGGUGGGGGGAGGAGGAGGAGAGGAGGGCUCGGGUCGGGUACUGAUGACCAUCGAGCUGGAGCUGACUCGCAGAAAUGGUGAGGAGGGCCCCAGCGGUGAAGGAGGGACAGGGAGGUCCGAACCGCUUGGCUUCCUCUCCAGGCUCGCCAAUCAGCUCACCUUCAAAUAACAGACCACGAGGGAGGGAGGUGGGGGUGGGAUGGGGGGGACCCAUCGAAGAUAAGAGAGUGGGAAGUCUAUUGAGAAACCACAUACCUGCUUUCAACCCACAACGCUAACCUGAGUCCCUGAAUAAAUGAGUCAAAUCAUAACUGCUCCUGUCACAGGCCGAUGAUUAUAAACGCAACUAUACUGGCUGAGAUCUUAGAUGUCGUGAUAAUCUCUUACACCAGCCAGCACCCCGAGUGCUUUUGUCAGGUCAUAAGAUAUGCCAUUUGAAGCGAGACCCUAAGACGGCUUGGUUUGAUAACAAAAUCUAAAAAGCUGCUCCCUGGGUUUUGCCUUUCUGGUUCCUUUCAUUGUGAUCCUAUCCACCGAAAAAAAAAAAAAAAAAGAGCUUUCUCCAAGUGCGUCCGAUACGCAUCACGAAGCCCUGGCUGCGGGGACAAGCCAAUUUGCUUUUUUCAGAGGCGACAUGUCAAACUCCAACUUUCUCACCUCACACUGAUCUUCUUUCUCUUCCGCUCUCCUAUUCCAUUUCUUCCUCCUUUCACUGUGAAUUUCCUGACUUUCUUGUUAAUUCAAAUUACAGAAGUGAUUUAUAUGCUAACUGCUCUAUCCUGUUUCUCUCUCUCUCUCUCUCUCACCUCCCUUCCCUCUUUUCUUCCUCCUGUAGAUAAAGGUCUGACUUCUCCAUGACUGCCUCCACUCCUCUAGUCUGCUCCCCCCUUUUCUGCCCAGCCUGAUGCAACCCCCAUUAUUUUCCAUUAUCUCUACUCUUUCAAGACAGCACUGGCUGUAAGAAUAGUCCUACUAUAUCAGCGGCAACGGUGUCAAAUAAUUUUCACAACGCCUCGCCGGGGAUCCUGUAUGCGCUCAUUGGGCAAACUGUAAAACUGUUUAGGGCUUAACUAUGCACAUAACUUCCUUAAGAGGAACCUGAAAGAUAUCCCCUCGUGUUUAGAGUCCCCUGAAUCUCCCCGCUUAAUGUUUACGACUCAAUCACACGCGCGCGCACACACACACACACACACACACACACACACACACACACACACACACACACACACACACACACACACUAUGCGGAGCUGCGAGUGCACUCUGGACUUUAGACAGAGAAAAAGCGAGACAGAGAGGGACAGGAGAGUGAUAGUGGGAGCGAAAUAUGAUUCCUGCUCUCAGCCGGCGCAGAUAGAGGUUCAAGCCCUCGAGCUCGGGGUGAUUCAAUCCUCUCACAUUUGAGCUAAUGGAGGUUGUCGCUGUGUCCCUGCCCUGGCUAAAGGGGGCUAUUUCUGGUCCUAUAAGAGCGUACGGGCUUACUGUAACAGCUGCACAUUUUUCAGACGACAGGAGAUUGGGGGAAGGGGGUGGAAGAGAGAGGCGAGCAGAGCAGGUGGUGGUGGUGGGGGCCCUGCUGUGCUGUUUGCGCUAAGUGCAUGAGGCGGUUUGCUGUUGACUCGACGGCCGGGGACUGACAACCUGGAAUGACGUCACGGCCCCCGAGACUGGCCAACGCUCUCACGAGUCUGACAAAAGAGCUUACCAGGAAGAGGUGCAGCUUCAGAGUUAUUUUAGGUCCAGUUAAUCCGCUUGCACGUUUCUCUUCGCCAACCCAGGGCUAAUUAUUUUAGCGUGUGCUAGUAACAAGAUAUCUCUCUCUACAUCUCCCUCCCUGCCUCCUCUGCGGUCUCCUCUCCUCUGUUAUUCGCUCUUCAUCUCUGCCCCCAUCUUGAGAAUCAUCUCCUCUCUCUAAACUCCCUGUUUCGUUCUCGCCGUCCUUAACGUCUUUGACUUCCUUUAUCUCUUCCUCUUCCUGCCGGUUAGUGAGUCUGCACUGCAUUAUUCCCCCACAGAAAAGGCCUAUACACAAUCCACUCCUCUCUUUAAGCCUCUCCUUAUCUGACUGCCAGGCCUACAGCUCAAUGCUCUGCUCCUCUCUCUUCUGUCCUUCCUCCUCUUCCUUCUUCUCUUUUCUCAACUCGGUGAUGGACAUCUCUCUCUCUCCCCUCCCUUCGUGUUCAACAGUGAUCGACCAACGCCCUCUCGUUUGCCCUUCAAGCGCCACCUCCCCCUGGGGCACGUCCCUUUGCCAGCCCUUCUUCUCUGGCCCUUUACUGUCUUUUUUUUCUGCUGGUUCGAAAGCCAAAAGGUUCUCCUCUGCCCACUACUUCCAGAGGAAAGAAACGGAUGGGCACAAAUCCGCCUUUAGUCCUCACUGAAGACACCAAACAAAAACUUAUAAUCUAGCUAGCUCUCUUCCGGUCGCCGUUGCGUGUUUCAUGUAUAUGUGUGUCUUGUUAAAAGUGUUAAAAAUGAGAUUACAUGUGAAAUUUAAAAAACAAAACAAAAGCAGUAUGUCACCCUAAGUAAAGCAAAUGUUUCUGAGGCAUUUUUACAUGUGUGCAAGAAAACACAUGGAGAACAUGUUUAUGGAGGCAGGGAAGAAAUGUAAUGUAACUCUUUGGAAUAUGUCAUAUUUCUGACCUUGUGUGUUAUGGAAGGUACUGUGUGGCUGUCUCUAUGGUAUGUUUUAUUCAAAGAUGAAGGGAAAUCAAGGUUGUUGUGCGGAGUCAGAGAGAAGAUGAAGGGUGGAUAAGGGUUUGGUUAGCCUUAGAUGCAGCACGAUGUGGCUGGGAAGAAAAAAAAAAGAUGGGGGGAGAAGGUGCUUGCUGUGGGAGAAAUCUUUAGAGGAAGAGACUUAUCUGGUGUGUUAAGCCCAGCCAAAAAUCCAUAUGUAUCACUACAGAUAGAGCCUCCUCUUCCCCCAGAGCUUUCUUUUAAAGGUGCUCCUUCCCCAACCCUGAGCCAAAGAUGGACUGCGAUUGGUGAGCUUAAUAUGCAGGGUGGAAAGCGUAGACUUGAAUGUUUCUUUAAAAUUCAUAACAGGAAUGGAGGUGCUAAAAUCCACAUCGAUAUAACUGGUUUCACUAGUCGCUGUUUAACUAUCCAGUCAAAUGGAUUAGUUAGAAUGUUUUCUUCUUUUUUCAGCAAAGCCACACAGACACCUGACGUAAGACAAACAGCAUUAAAACCGCCUUUUAAACACGUUUUGUAUGUAUUUUGAACCGUGUUAGUCGUAGUUGAAGAAUAUCAUUCCUUCAUUUGAAAUGACUGGAGCUUCUUACAUUUUUUUACAUUUAUUUUAAUGCUUGUGAUCAUUUUCGAACUACUAACGACUUUUGGUGACUGUAAUAUGUUGUAAAGAGAACGUAAAUAAAAAUAAAAUCCCCACGUCGCCAGCUGUUGUCAACAGAAGACAAAAGUAAACCCAGCU